AUGUCCGACAACACCCCAGACAACGUCAAGCGCCACUGGCACGGCACAGCCGGCGAUCGCCACGAACACCUCAACGUCUGGACACACGGCGGCUCCAGGGCCCCUGCCAGCAGAGCAGCCUGGGCCCUAACACCCGAAAUGAUGGCCGCAGAGGCCAGCCGCCGAAACUCCGCCGGCUCCGCCGGCUCAGCUACCAGCGCCAACACCAGCUCCGACUCCCCUACCACCCCCUCUCUCAAUGAACGCCGCCGCUCGAGUACUAGUUCGGGUUCGCCCCCGGGCCUGUUCUCCUCGCUGAGCUCGCAGAAGCGCGAGUCUGCGGAUACUAAUAUGGCGGCGCGGCGGGCGAGUUGGAAUGAGCAGCGUGAGCAGGGCGGGUUCUUUUCAAAGUUGUGGGAGGGGUAUACCCGCGGAGGGAAGUAG